AGAACAGUGAAUACGCAGGUCUGUAAACUUUAGCGAUCUAAAAUGACUAAAUCCACGAACCAGUUACUGUACCUGUUCAUGAAGUACAAAAACUUCCACUCUUGUAGUCAACUUCGUCAACCACUCCUUCCUUGAUCCUCCGCUUCCUACAAUCAACAUCUCGAAGGAAAUUAAUCCAGGCAAGUCAAACUCUCCCGGCGGUGCGACAGCCAAUUCUCUCGAGCUUGUAUAAGACACGAAAAUGGAUCCAGGAUCCCCACAAGCAGACUGCUUGUCGUCUACUUCAUCCAAUUCGGAAGACUCGCCAACCCGAGCUGCACAAAUUGAAAUGCCCUUCUCACGCCCUCAGCUAGAUACCAGCAAGGUGACGCUACCAACAAUACCGCGAUCUCCCAAAGAAGUCUCAGGAGACGGCAAGAUGAGUUCUCCCGCUUCUGAAUUCUCCAAUCAGCGCAGCAAUGCAGAUGGCAAGGUUUCUGGGUCUUCCGAUAAACGCAGCAACGAAGAUGAUAAAGCUUCCGAAAACUCCGAUCAAAACAGCAACGCAGACGCCAAGAGCCGUCGCUCAUCCACCAGUGAGUAUGAACAAGAAUCAUUUGAGACCUACCAGCAUAAGGUCGCUCAGUUAUGUCACGAUAUUGGUUAUGGAGAGCCAUCGAAGAUUGAGCGAAUGAAGGGUGGCGGCUACAACAGAAUCAUUGGGUUGACCUUGCCAUCUGGUCAGCAACGUGGCUAUGUCCUCAGAAUCCCCCGGUCAGCUCUGGAAGAGGUCUUGAUGGGUGAAAUCAAGGACCAGGUUGCUGUUACUCUCCACCUCUCGAAAUAUGAGUUCCUCCAUGUCCCGGUAAUUGCCGCCUUUGAUACAACCGUUAACAAUGCUCUUGAAUGCCAAUACGUCCUCCAGGAACGGAUUGAUGGAGUUGCGCUUGAUCAUGUCUUCUACACCUUGCCUCUUGCCGAGAAGCUCCAGAUUACAACAGCUGUGGCCGAAAUGUUGGUGCAACUUGAGUCGAUUACACUCGAGAAACCUGGAAGACUGGUGGGGACUGGAGAUUUGCCUGAUCGCUCGGAUGUUGCGCCAACUUCCGCGAAUGAGAUUAAGAUCACAGGUUACCGUGAGAACCCCAUCGAAGACUUGCCGUCUAUGGAGAAGCAAUCGCUUGCGUCCUUGAUCACCUAUCUGCUCGAGCUCCGCAAGCAGAAGAAUCUAGACUGGGAUGAGAUGGUGGAGAGAUGUGAGCGGCUUCAGUCCAUUGUGAAGGAUAUGGAUGCUGCUGGAUUGAUACGAAGCACGGAUGAUGAAUGUGUGCUCUGGCACUGGGACCUUUCUGCAGGAAAUGUCAUGAUCCAUCGAGCCAACAUCACAGCCUCGGAGCAACAUACUGUUCUUGGCAUAGAGCGCAAGCAGGCUGUUCAGGUUGGUCCCGGUGAAGGCAGCGGUGUGACAGCAUCACCAGUCAGCAAUGAUUCUCCGGGAAAGUGGGUCGUAAGCGGUGUUUUGGAUUGGGACGACGCAAUUUCGGUCCCUCUGGUUAUUGCGAGAACACCUCCUUCCUGGCUCUGGCUUGAUGAGGACACCCGUGGUCCGAGUUGGGACGGCGAUCGUGAUGCAAAGCCUGAGAGAGACUUGACCGAAGACGUGCUUCUGAUCAAAGCACAUUUCGAUCAGAUCAUGGCAAAAGCAAGCCCUUCAUAUAUCGAGGAUGCUUACCAUCGUGGUCCUUUGCUUAGAUCAUUGGCGGAGUUUGCCCUCUACAACUUCGAGGAUGGUGUUUAUUGGGAUAAGUAUGAUGACUUCGUGAAGAAAUGGGAGGAGUACGAUGAGGCUCUGGCAAAGUAGAAAUGAUAGAUCUAUAUCUGUGAAUAUCAUGUCAUCGUAGAUGGUAAUGAAAACCUUGC